AUGGUAAUAUUGAGGUUAUUCUUAGUCUAUUUGGCCGUGAACUUUGUGGACCUCGUUGGAGAAAAGGCAUUCCAGGCAUGUCAACAAUACGGUCAAACCAUGUUGGAGUGCCACAACAUUCUAUACCCCUCAGCUAGAGUGAGAAUUCCAAUUGACAUUCUCUUAUACCCACACAUGGUCCUCAUUGGGUUUAGAAAGGAAAUUCAAGACGCACCAGUCUGGAAAUGUGGUGGAACUUUGAUCAGUAACACUUGGGUUCUAACAGCAGCUCAUUGUGCUGAGGACCCGCAUGAAGGACCCGCCAGUGUAUUAAGAGUUGGUACAGCGACCUUCGAAUUUGAUGAAGUGGAUGAACUUGCCCAAGAACGAACCGUACUUAAGGUUAUCUCCCAUCCACAAUACGAACCUCCUUCGAAAUAUAAUGAUAUAGCGCUAAUGAAGGCUAAUCCUCCCUUCCUAUUAACAAGAGAUAUUAGAAUAGCUUGCCUCCCAUCUGAUGAUAAGGAGAAUUAUAAAAGUUUGACUGCAACAGGAUUUGGCGUCACUUAUUCCGGUGCGAUGAAAGGCAGCGAGACUCUCAUGAGUGUGGAUGUAAGUAUAGUUAACCGGAGUUUCUGUAACCAAUCGAUGAAAUACUUGAUCAAGAGGAAGAUUUUGGCUCGUGGGAUAAUCGAAACUCAAUUAUGCGCUGGUGAUUUUGAGCACGGCGGUAAAGAUACGUGCCAGGGUGAUUCGGGCGGCCCUCUCCAAGUAAUGGAAGACGGAGUGGACUGUAUUCACACGUUCCCUCUGCACACAGUGGUAGGAGUGACAUCUUUCGGACGGGAUUGCGGAAGAAAACUGUCUCCGGGAAUUUAUACUAAAGUAUCUGAAUACGUCGAAUGGAUUGAAGGCAUCGUUUGGCCGUGA